UAGAAGUAACUUUAUAAAAGAACGUUUGUAUUGCUAACCAACUGUAAAUAACAUAGAUUUAAACCUGGGCAUCUGUUGUUGGCCAUCCUAGUUAGAUAGGGUUUUUCCUCCUGUAUCCACGCAUUUUCUAACAGACUUGUCUAAACGUUCUCUUCAUUCCACAUAAAACCACUAUGGUUUGGAUUUCACUUUUCGCUGUAAUGGCGUUCUUGUUGGUAAAUGACUCGUCAGCUGUCGAGGUCACAAUGUACGACUCUUGUAUCGAAGUCAAUACAUCGUCGCCGGCGCUCUUUAUGGACUGCGGUGACGGCGACGUGAUCACCGACAUUCAAUAUGAGGCUGGUUUCGGCACGUGUGAUGCCAGAGUAUGCAAGGGAGAGUCCGCGUCGCUGCUCAUCGACGUCAUGGAUUGCCACUGGAACCGGACGUGCCUACUGUCGCCCGUUUACCCCGCAGAGCGAAUUGUGCGCUCCGGCGACUCAUGCUACAAUCGGAACCUCGAGUUCCUGAAUAUCAAGAGCUACCGGUGCUUCCAUAAUGCAACAAAAAUCCUCAACAUCAGCGACGGUGGUAUUUUGAGCAGGGAUUCUGGUAUAAUUCGGAGCCAUUCGGAAUUCCCAUGGAACUAUGGUGACCGUGAAGGAGAACGAACGCACAACUUGACGCUUGUCGUACAUGUUGGAAAGAGGCUUUACGUUUCCGCUCUUUAUGACGUAGACCUUGGCGAGGACGACUUUUUUAACGUGACGUCAAAAUCCACCAGGGAUUUGUCGCAUCUGAAAAGCGGAGUGGUGCAGGUGGUUUCGGACUUCAACGAUACCAAAGUGACCUUCACCUUUCACGUCAGUAGUUUCACCCAAAGUGGAAAAGGCUUUGCCCUAUGCUUCAAAUUCUCCGCCACGGAAAUAACAGAAAACGUCUGCAAUGAAAUCACGAUCAAGGGUAGCUUGAAACUCGACGUGAAGGCUUCGAAUACGGCGCCGCAGGUCGUGGACCAAACUUCCGGUCCAGAGACGACGCCUAAAACACCAGGGACAGGCGGCAACGUUGAAGAAUGUGACAAAAAAUGCCAAAGGCGACAGAAGAAAAGGCAUCCUAAACCCCAGGGAGAGGGAAAGGGCGAGAAAAGAAAGAAGAAGAACGACAGAAAAAACAAAAAAGGACAAGCGACGACGACUUGAUGAUGUUGAUACCAGUUAAUCAUGUCUGUACUUGGUGAACAUAUGUGUCUACAUUUUUUUAAAUCAGUAUUAUUUGAAGUCCUAUGCAAUGAUGGCAAUAAUGAAUUUAUUGUAAGAUUUGUUAAUGCAAUGUUGCUAUGCACACAACUUCAAGAAAAUGGCACGAUAAUCAAUAUUAUGUGGAGGAUCUUUGAAGAAAACUGUUUGCCUGGGACAAAUAUAAAUGGUCCAAUAACAAUAAACGAUUGUGCAAAAACAGUUUACCUCUAAAAAUGCACGAUCACAGGUGUUAUGUGAUCCGUCUUGGGGAUGGAAGUGUGUUAUUUCCAAAUUGAGAUUAGUGUGGGUGUCUAAAUAGUAAUCAUUAAACCAUUUAUGCCUAGCGUCUAGAA